UCCGGACUCCUCCCCUCGGCCCCCGCUGGACCCACACUUCGGACUUGCGGGCCCGGAUACCUCCCACGCACACCGUGAACCUCCCACCUGAGCCCUGACAGCUCUCUCGGCUCUCGGCCCCGGUCCCUCAGAGCCCAACCCCUACUCUCCACGCGGGACCGGCACGGAUCUUCCCACGUGCUUGGACCCCGACACGAGAACCGGCAGCCGGGAGCCCUGCCCGUCUCGCUGUUUUCCCUGGCCGGCACCCGACUGCCAGUGUCUGUCACCCAGGCGCUCCCCAAGCCCUCGGACUCAGACAUCCCACACAGCUAGGACCAGACCUCGCGCCCAGGCCCCCGACCGUCGCAUGUCCUCUGCCCGCUUCCGGAAGCCCCCGAAGGCCCCCCCAGCGCCCCACCCCGCGGUCGCCGAGAGCCCCGUGACUCAGCCUCCCCACCUGCAGCUCCCCGCCGAGCCCCGUGGUGCGCCCCCCCCGCACCCUCCUCUCGGUUCCCUCUGAGUCCGGUCACUUCCACAUCGCGCCGCCUCAGACUCUUCUCCCGGACCCUGGACUCCCUCCAGGAUCUUCAUCCCGGUCGCUGUGCAGCGGCCGGUGGGCUAACCAGAAGAUCCCGACUGGGCCUCUUACAAGCUGGGGGUCUUCAUCUGUCUCAACUGCUGCGGUGUCCACCGUAACUUCCCUGACAUCAGCAAAGUUAAAUCCGUGCGACUUGACUUCUGGGACGACAGUAUUGUGGAGUUUAUGACCCGCAAUGGGAACCUCCAUGUGAAGGCCAAGUUCGAAGCCAGAGUCCCAGCUUUCUACUACAUCCCCCAGGCCAAUGACUGCCUGGUCUUAAAGGAACAAUGGAUUCGAGCUAAGUAUGAGAGACGGGAAUUUAUGGCUGAUGGGGAAACCAUCUCACUACCAGGUAACCGAGAAGGAUUCCUGUGGAAGCGAGGAAGGAACAACUCACAGUUUCUGAGAAGGAGGUUUGUACUUCUGGCAAGAGAAGGACUCCUGAAGUACUACACAAAGGAAGAGGGUAAAAGCCCCAAAGCUGUCAUCAGCAUUAAGGACUUGAAUGCCACCUUCCAGACAGAGAAGAUAGGGCACCCACACGGGCUGCAGAUCACCUACAGGAGAGAUAGCCACGUCAGGAACCUGUUUGUGUAUCAUGAAAGUGGGAAGGAGAUAGUGGACUGGUUCAAUGCUCUCCGUGCAGCCCGUCUGCAGUACCUAAAAAUGGCCUUUCCUGAGCUCCCGGAGUCUGAGCUCGUGCCAUUCCUCACCAGGAACUACCUCAAACAAGGCUUCAUGGAAAAGACUGGGCCAAAGCAGAAAGAACCCUUUAAGAAAAGGUGGUUCGCCCUGGAUUCCCAUGAGCGGAGGCUGCUCUAUUACAAGAACCCACUGGAUGCCUUCGAGCAGGGCCAGGUUUUUCUUGGGAACAAUGAGCAGGGAUAUGAAGUCUAUGGAGACCUGCCCAAGGGCAUCCGAGGGAAUCGCUGGAAAGCCGGACUCACCAUUGUCACCCCAGAGAGGAGAUUUGUCCUCACUUGCCCCAACGAGAAGGAGCAGCAGGAAUGGCUGGAAAGUUUGUGGGGUGUCCUUUCCAGCCCCUUGACGCCCCUCAGCCACCUCAGUAAGAAGCAGGAACUGAGGAGUGUUAUUUCGGCCAAGGGCAGAAAGCAGAAAGGAGCUUCUUCACUUAGGUUCAGCUGUGAUGCCACAAAAGAUUCCUGAUCCCUGCCUAUGCUCUUUCCACUGUCUUCUCUUCCUGCAAAAGAAAAGCACAGACAUGCACAUUACUGCCAAAAAGUCUCCUCUGUCCAGCCCAUGUUCCCCUAACAGAGCUGUUCCCCAGGAGCUUUUAGAGGAGUUUGUCCCUGGCAGAACCCCUGGUGCUGUCUGUACCCCUCGCAGUGUGGGGGCUGAGCAGCUUCUCUCUCCCUCCACCCUCCUCUCUGCUGAUCCUUUUUCUCGUGAGAAAACCCUGGCCUGUUAUUAUUAGCUAAGAUCACACCCGCUGGGCAGCUCCUGGGAUUUUUGGAUUCCUCCCCACUUCAGAGCUAUUUCUAGUGGCUUCUUUUCUCCGAGUCCUCCCUUCUGCCUGCUUCUCUCCUGCUCCUCCUCUUUACCAGUAGGCCUUCCUCAGUGCUGACAGCCCUGUGAAAAAAGAGGAGACAUGCUGAGCUCCAGCAGGAAACUGCUGGCCCAGGCCCUGGCUUCUGGGGCUCAAAGGAGAAUUUCUGUGUUUGGAAAAGUACAGACUGAGCAGGUGACCCCCGACCGCCCCUUGGGGGAAACCCUUGUACCCUUUGAGUCUGACCGAUAUAAACACGAACUCUCUUGACUGUCCGACAAAGGCCAAAGCCAGAGAGCCUCAGAAGGGACUUGCAAAUUGUGAGUGAGGCGCUCCAGCUGGUGCUUUCUUUUCUCUGUUGGCUGCCGCUUAUGCGUUUCUUGGUUUUUCUGUCUCUGUGCCUCUGUCCCUCCACUUUUCUCUCCUUUGCUGGUGUGUGCAGCCCCUCUGACGCCCUGGCUCUCACCCUUUCAUUCUGUUUUUUAUUCUGACUCCGUGUGUGUGUGUGUGUGUGUGUGUGUGUGUGUGUGUGUUUCUUUCUUUUUUUGAGACAACGUCUUGCACUGUCACCCAGGCUGGCUUGCAAUGACGCAAUCUCUACUCAUUGCAACCUCCUCUUCCUAGGUUCAAGAGACUCUCCUGCCUCAGCCUUCCAAGUAGCUUUACAGGCUUGUGACACCACUUCUAGCUAAUUUGUUUUGUAUUUUUGAUAGAGACAGGGUUUCACCAUGUUGCCCAGGCUGGUCUUGAACUCCUGAACUCAAGUGAUCUGCCUACCUUGGCCUCCCAAAUUGCUAGGAUUGCAGAUGUGAGCCACUGUGCCCAUCCAUGGCUCCCUCUGUCUUUAUGCGCCUGUCCCUUUGCUGUCCCUCUCCUCCACAGGGCAGCAUUGGCAUGGCCACCUUCCUCAGCCCUCUUCAUUUCCCUUGUAGCUGCAUCAACAGAGAGUGGCUGCCACAGCAGGUGACCCAUUAACUGAGGAACUGGCUGCUGCUGAACACCUGGAGCUCCUGGUGGGGAGGAGAAGUUCUCACCUUGGGCUUGGCUGCCCACCGUUAGUGCCCUGCAGUCAGCAGCCAUCCCUGGCAAUGAACUCUGCCAAGACUGAAACUGUGGCUGUGGCUGCAUUAGAACCCCAUCAGCUCCCUGAGCCUUCCCCACCACCCCACCCUGGAAUCUGAGGAUCUGGUACAUAGAUGGACAUCCAUCCCCUCCUCCCCCAUACAUACCUAGGCUUGAAAUGCCCUACAGGUCCAGAACUUUCUCACAUCUGAAAUGGAGGCAUUGCAAUGAAAAGGCAUCCACGGCAUCAUGCAAGUGACAUCUUGUAAAAGAAAAAAAGUUUCAUUUGAAUCUAACCAUGAGGAAAUCAUCAGACAAAUCCACAUUAGGGGCAUUAAAUUGUUAAACAUCUGACCCAGAAUAUUCAAAAAUGAAGAGUGAAAGAUAAAGAAAGUAGUCAAUGGCCAAGUGCGGUGGCUCACGCCUGUAAUCCCUGUACUUUGGGAUUCUGAGGCAGGUAGAUCACAAGGUGAGGAGAUCAAGACCAUCCUGGCCAACAUGGAGAAGCCCCGUCUCUACUAAAAAUACAAAAAUUAGCCAGGUGUGGUGGCGUGCACCUGUACUCUCAGCUAUUCAGAAGGCUGAGGCAGGAGAAUUGCUUGAGCCCAGGAGCUGAGGUUGCAGUGAGCCAAGAUCAUGCCACUGUACUCCAGACUGGGAGACAGAAUGAGAUGACCUCAAAAAAAAAAGAAAAGAAAAAUAGGAGACUAAGAUACGGCAACCAAAAGCAAUUCAUGGUUCUUGAUUGGUCCUGGAAAAAAAAUAAACAGCUGUAAAGGACAUAAUUGAGAAAAUUGGGAAGUUUGGAUAUGAAUGUAUAUUAGUUAAUAGUAUUAUAAUGUUAUAAUAAUUGUGCUGUAUUUGUAUAGGAGAAUGUUCUUUUUCUUAGGAGAUACAUACUGAAGUAUCUAGGGAUAAAAUGUAAUGAUGUCUACAA